AAAUUAUUAAAAAAAAUCCCAUUUCGUCACGUUCUUCUUUUCCUUUAAUAAAUUGCUUGAUUGGAAACAGUUUUUUUUUUUCCCCUCAAUUUAUAAAGAAUUAAAAAAGAUCAUGGACACCAGGCUCCGUACAGCAGCAGUCCGAGGUGACACUGCAGUUCUUUCCCAAUUACUUGGAGAAGACCCGCAUCUCAUCAACGAAAGCUACAUAAACUGUGAAGAUAAGAAUGUGCUUCACAUUAGUGCAAUGUUUGGCCACGAAGAAUUCGUGCGAGAAAUUCUUCGACUCAAUUCCUCAGCCACUCGUGACAUGUGUUUCGCCCGGGAUCGAGACGGAAGAAACCCUACGCAUCUUGCUGCAAUCCAUGGCAAGGUGGACGUUUUGAAAUUGGUGGAUGAUGAUGAUGAUCAUGAGCUAAUGAUGAAAGCAGCUAUGGAAAAGGUUGACGACGGAGGGACCAUUUUACAUCUAUGUGUCAAGCAUAAUCAACUAGAGGCCUUGAGGUUACUCUUACGAAUUUUUUCAGCCGAUCCGAAGUUUGUUGGUGCAAAGAAUAAUGAUGGUAUGACCAUACUACAUAUGGCUGUAAUGAAUAACCGCAACCAGAAUAAGAUGUGGAACCAAGAAAUCAUACUUCACUUGAUAGAAGAAGCGCCCUACAUUCUCAACCUGCAGAACGCAUCUGGAAAAACUGCACUGGACCUUUUUCUCGAACAGGAAAGCAGCAUAGAUGGCAAAAUCAGAGAAUCUUUUGCCAGGUCAGGCGCUCGAACCGGAGACAGCCGACUGAACAGCUACCUAGAAAACUUCGAAGACAACAGAAACUCAAUCAUGGUGGCGGCUUCCAUCAUUGCGUCUGCGGCGUUUACAGCGUUGAUAAAUCCGCCGGGAGGGGUUUGGCAGGACAACUCAUCGGAUGGUCCUUAUCCACACAUAGCCGGAGAGAGCGUGCUGGCGCAGACGCAUCCGAAACAGUACAAUGCGCUGGUUUUCUACAUCACGACGGCUUUGAUCUCAUCAAAUGCCACCAUUUUGUUGCACCUGAUUAGUGGAGUGCUGAUGAAACGUCCGUUUCAGCGGACCAUGAUGUUGUUCAUUGAGAUCUUUGCCAUUCUGGUCGCAGGUGGCUCUAUAUGUGUGGCUGGUGGAUACUCUUUCUCAUCCAUAGUACCUGAAUCGUCUAAAUGGCAUAUGAAGCCACCAUUAGUGAUUCCAGCGAUUAUAGCCUGUGGGAUUCUUACUCCACUGUUCACUUAUGUGGGUGUUAAUCUCACCAACAUUGUGGUGGUUCUAGCCAGGUGGCGGUUACUUAAGAAGCGGUUAACUACUACCAUUCCGAGCCCGAGGGUUUGAUUCGGACCAAUGUUUACCGAUGAGACUUAUUUAGGGAUUCCAGAAUGAAUGCGUGUAGUAUGCAUACCAAUUCGACUAGCAAAUAAUUAAGUCCAUCAAUUUUCAAUCAUUUAGAUAACUAUACUUUUGCCGCUA